AUGUGCGGCUGGCCGCUGCUCCUGCUUUGGGGGCUGCUCCCCGGCGCAGCGGUGGCCGGGGGCUUGGGCCGGGCCCUCCCGCACCGCACCCUCCUCGACUCCGAGGGCAAGUACUGGCUGAGCUGGGGCCCCCGGGGCGGCCGGCUCGCCUUCCGCCUCGAGGUGCGCACCGCCGGCUACGUGGGCUUCGGCUUUUCGCCCACCGGGGCCAUGGCCGGGGCGGACAUCGUCGUGGGCGGCGUGGCCCACGGGCGGCCCUACCUGCAGGAUUAUUUUACAAAUGCAAAUAGAGAGUUGAAAAAAGAUGCUCAACAAGAUUACCACCUGGAAUAUGCCAUGGAAAAUAGCACCCACACAGUAAUAGAAUUUACCAGAGAGCUGCAUACAUGUGACCUCAAUGACAAGAGUAUAACGGAGAGCACUGUGAGAGUGAUCUGGGCGUACCACCAUGAAGAUGUGGGAGAAGCCGGUCCCAAGUACCAUGACUCUAAUCGUGGCACCAAGAGUCUACGGCUGUUGAAUCCUGAGAAAACCAACGUGUUAUCUACAGCCAUACGAUACUUUGACCUGGUGAAUCAGGACGUCCCCAUCCCAAACAAAGGUACAACCUAUUGGUGCCAAAUGUUUAAGAUUCCUGUGUUCCAAGAAAAGCAUCAUGUAAUAAAGGUGGAGCCGCUGAUAGAGAGAGGCCACGAGAGUCUGGUCCACCACAUCCUGCUCUAUCAGUGCAGCAGCAGCUUUAACGACAGUGUCCUGGACUAUGGCCACGAGUGCUACCACCCUAACAUGCCUGAUGCCUUCCUCACCUGCGAGACCGUUAUUUUUGCCUGGGCCAUUGGUGGAGAGGGUUUUUCCUAUCCACCUCAUGUUGGAUUAUCCCUUGGCACUCCGUUAGAUCCUCGUUAUGUGCUCCUGGAGGUCCAUUAUGACAAUCCGACUUAUAAGGAGGGCUUAAUAGAUAAUUCUGGACUGAGGUUAUUUCAUACAGCAGACAUAAGGAAGUACGAUGCUGGGGUGAUCGAGGCUGGCCUCUGGGUAAGCCUCUUCCACACCAUCCCUCCAGGGAUGCCUGAAUUCCGGUCCGAGGGUCACUGCACUCUGGAAUGCCUAGAAGAGGCUCUGGAAGCUGAGAAGCCAAGUGGAAUCCAAGUGUUUGCUGUUCUUCUCCACGCUCACCUGGCUGGCAGGGGCAUCAGGCUCCGUCAUUUUCGCAAAGGGGAGGAAAUGAGAUUACUGGCUUAUGAUGAUGAUUUUGACUUCAAUUUCCAGGAGUUUCAGUAUCUAAGGGAAGAACAAACAAUCUUACCCGGAGAUAAUCUAAUUACCGAGUGUCGUUACAACACAAAAGAUAGAGCCCGGAUGACUUGGGGAGGAUUAAGCACCAGAAAUGAAAUGUGUCUCUCAUACCUUCUUUAUUACCCAAGAAUUAAUCUUACUCGGUGUGCAAGUAUUCCAGACAUUAUGGAACAACUUCAGUUCAUUGGUGUUAAGGAGAUCUAUAGGCCAGUCACGACCUGGCCUUUCAUUAUCAAAAGCCCCAAGCAGUAUAAAAACCUUUCUUUCAUGGAUGCAAUGAAUAAGUUUAAAUGGGCUAAAAAGGAAGGUCUUUCCUUCAACAAGCUUGUCCUUAGCUUGCCAGUGAACGUGAGAUGCUCCAAGACAGACAAUGCAGAGUGGUCGAUUCAAGGGAUGACAGCGUUACCUCCCCACGUGGAAAGACCGUAUAAAGCAGAGCCUUUGGUGUGUGGAGCCUCUUCUUCCUCUUCCGUGCACAGAAAUGGCUCUUUUGAGCUUCUCGUGGGCUUCAUGGCACUCGGUAGCUUGCUGCACAGCACACGCUUAUGGUCCUCAUUCUGUGCCUGGGGACGAUGUUUCCUGUGAUCCGAGCGUGUGGGUUAAAGACACUGUGGGCACGAAGAGAGAGCAUGAGGCGUGUGGAGAACUUCCGGUCACACACUCCCUUCCUCUCUGUGUCCAUCCUUCCCCGUCUACCUGAGAGAUGUUGACUGAGUUCUCUCCUUUCGCUCAGAUGUGUCUGAUCACAUGUAUCUGCUGCCAAUAAAGCAAAACUAGACUGACUUAACACAACCUUUUUAACAAUUUGGACAAAGUCAAGUGGAAGGGAAAGAGUUCUUUAUUUCUUUCCAUGUUUCAUUUUAUUUAAAGACUCAUCAUCAUUAUUUCACUUUUUCUUUGGUGAUUUGGCUUCCAGAUUCCUUUCUUAAAAGGAAUCUUAAUCUUAAAAUGCUUUCAUCUUAAAAAUGUAAAAGAAAGUACGUUCUCUUCCAUGUUUCGUCUUCUUUAUUGUUCUUUGGGUGUGACUUCCCCAGUGUAACAAUGGUCCUUUCUUUCCUUCAGUGUUGAUCCAUCUGUGCCCUUUCUGUGAAAAACUGAUGGGCCCCUGACCUCAGUGCGUUUCAGUGUUACCCAUUCCAGCUUCUCGGUUUAUCUGGGUCUACUAGUACUCCCGAACUACCCCAAACCCAUCUUAAACAAUUUCUUUUUCCUUCCCCACCCAGCAUUGGCCAGGUGAGUUUUUUUCUUGAGCUCUGUUACCCUCUAAAAAGAAAGAAGCUAUGGGAAACACAGAAAUGGUAUAUAAUGGUUGUAGGCUGAGGAGAAAACAUAGCUGGCUGCAGAUCCUGUGCUGUGAGGGGUCCUUCAUGAGGUUCCAGGUCAAAGGCCCAGUAAUUCGAGCCAUUGUAGGAGGGUGUGAGGUCCCUGUAGGACCUCACUGACCAGGUUGGGUGUCAUGCGUGAGACAUCCUGGCUCAAUUUGAGUCAUAGUUGCUAUGGUAGAUUUAUUUUUAUAUUAGUUAAUAAACUAACUUUCCUUAGUAAAGUCGUUGCCAGUGGAAAAUCGUGUCACUUUUUAGGUUCCCUUUGUGUAGUUCAGCCAAAUCUCAUUGUAUGUCCUUUCCUCAUUUCUUAAGCUAAGUCUGUUUGGAUCAUAUUAAUAAACUAAAUAAAAUUAAAUGUUUGUGUGGUAUCUUGUACACUCCUUGAGGGAAGUAAGAUAUUCCAUACUGAUGUGUCCAGUCAAAUGGAUUAAGAAUGUUGCAUUUUUGUAUUCCAUUUGUAAGCCCUUUCUCUCUUGCAAACAGUGUCUUCAAUACAAACUAUCGUCUUUUAAAUAAAUACUGUAUUUUGGAGGGUUUCCUUCAUGGUUCUCAGAAUUUAUCCACCUAAUGAAAUGUGUGUAAUAUUUAUGAGGUGUAUUUCAUGGUUAACUUUACUUGUUUUUAUUUCAUAACUGGUAUAUCGAAUUCUAUGAUUUUCCAUCCAAAUAUUUGUAUAAGAAACACGAUAAUCCCAAACACUUCCCAGUUGAGACUUCAUGUUUAUUUUUACUUCAGACUGUCUGAAUUUGAGAUGUCAAAGUAAAGCGAUUUCCUUUGGAAAUUAUGGAAUAAUACAUUGUUUUCAUUGUUCUUUGUGAGGAAGGUGAAUAUACAGGCUAGAAAGGGAUACAGGAAUUUUAGAAGUUUGCAUUGGUGGAUUCAGGGAAUCUCCUUUUUCAGUUGAUGUUACUAAGAAUAAAGCUGACAUUCUUUUUCUCUUAGGAAUUCUUAUGAAUGUAUCAUUGUGAGGCAUUGACUCUAUAUUUGAAAUUAGGAUAGGUUAUCUGUUGAAAAUCCGGUAGGAUUCUGAUUAUAUUCUAAGUUAGUUUUCUCUUACAGUGAGUAGACCUUCCUGAAGAGCCCAGGCUUUCUACUCUGCCCUCGGUCAUGUUGCAUGACCUGUUUCCUAUGCUAGCGGGAUUUCCUGAGACCAAAGGCAGAUCAGAAUCUCCAGGUCCGAUGGUCCCUGCUGUGAUCCUUAAUGCAGGAAGUGUAGGAAACACGUAGGUGAUGACACCAAUAUUCAUCAAAGCUAGAUGAGGUUCAGGGGUACCUUGGAUGAUCACUCUCUCUGAAGGAGUCUCUGGCAGGAUCAAGAGAGUCCUAGUGGUGAUAAGAGAGAUGCAGUCUGCAGAUGGAAACCUAUUAAGACCUUUGAACUUCAUCUUAAUGACUAUGGAGGCCAACGAUGAGUGGCAAACAGAAGGACAUAGGGAAGCAUGGUAAUUGCGUUGUACCUAAUUGUACUGUACAAUUUGUUCACCCAAAUUUAUUGUUGGAUACAGAAGCCAUCUCCUGUUUUCUAGUAUGAUAAACAUUGUUGUGAUUGUAAGUAUUUCCUUACAAUAAAUUACUCUAAGUAUAA